CGUCAGAGUACAUCAAUAAUCCAUGCGCAAUUGGUACACCACGUAGUUUUCCUUGACCUGGAAAGUUGCCUUGCCUGACGUCCGGUAUGGUGGAGUUGGACCACCCAUUGCGCAAUUCCACAACUGGGUGACUGGUUUACCGUAGGCAACCACUGGAAUACUUCUACGGUGGGACACUGCCCGAUCUGGCGACAUAAUGGAUUCACCACUUCAUAAAAUUUAUAUUGACAAAAUAUGGUCUGGUUGAAAGCAGACUUGCCUUGGGGGCUUUUGACAAAAAUACGAUGAACUUCGUCUUAUAAUACGAUUGAGCAUAAUCCGGCACAAUGCCGUUUCAAACCAUCCAGCCAUUCCAAUAUGUGGCUCUUCGGCUACCGUCCGAUCAGACAAAAGUCGAACAAAUCCUCCCAAAUUCUCUCAUAAAUCUUGGAAAAUAUGGUUCUUUUCGUACCAACCAGAUCAUCGGUCGUCCCUACCAUCUAACAUUUGAGAUCCUGGAUCGACCAGAUGUCCAUGACGGUAGAGAAUUGAGAGUUGUCCCAGCAGCCGAAUUACACGCUGUGACUUUGAUGGAGACAGCAGAGACCGAAGAUGCGUCACCUCCAGCAGUAGAGGAAGCGGCAGGGCAGCCCACAUCAAAGUCCAACGUCAAUACUUAUGACGAUCCUUCAAAUCAGAAACUCACCAUGGCGGAGAUCGAAGCUCUUAAGCAGAGCGACAUGGGUAGCGGCAAGGAACUGAUCGAGAAGAUCAUGCAGUCUCACACCACACUCGACCAGAAAACAGCAUUCUCAUUAGCGAAGUACACUCUCCGCAAGCACAAAAAAUACAUGAAGCGAUUCUGCGUACUGCCUCUCGAUGUACCGACGUUAGUCGACUGGAUGAUGGCAGACCGCGACUUUGCCAAGGUCAUGGAAAUGCGCAACGAGGCUGUUGGUCUUGUAGGAUCCUGGGCGAACGUACAUGCCAGCGGGCAAGACCCUACACAGGCAGACACAGACUCCUUAUCCCGGUAUCUGGUCGUCGACGAUACAGGCGGCCUGGCGGUUGCCGCUAUGGCCGAAAGAAUGGGCAUCCUUCACCAAGCGGAACUUGGAGAUAACGCUGCAAAUAGCGACGAUGACGGGGAGGCCGAAGCUGCACCCGAACAAGCAGAAGCCGUACUACCACACAAACCACAGAGGCAGCAAUACAAACCCACGGCAAUGAGCGCCAAAUCAAAUACCAUCACCCUCCUCCACGCCAACCAGCAACCCAACCUGGGCCUACUCCGCUACUUCAACUUCGACUCAAACAACCCGACCCCGUCACAUCCUCUGUACAAGAACCUGAAAACCUUAUCCUGGCUGCAACUCCUCGAUCCCGAAGCCGACACCACAUACCAAGAACCAGAAGUCAUACCAGCUGAAGAACUCGCCAAAGCCAAGUCCAACCGUAGAAGCGCAUACUACCGUAAGCGAAGGCGGUGGGAACGAACCAAGAAUAUCGUCGAUGAGACACGACAAGGCGGCUUCAACGGCUUGGUAGUCACAAGCUUCACAGACCCAGUAUCGAUUCUACGACAUCUAGUCCCAAUGGUCGCGGGUGGUGGGCAGGUCGUGGUGUAUUCUCCCAACGUCGAGCCCCUUACAAGAUUGGCAGACUACUAUUCAACAGCAAGACGGACGGCGUAUAUCAACACGCCAGAAGAGCAGCGCACUUCUGAAGACUUUCCUGUCGAUCCGACCCUCCUUCUUGUGCCGACUGUGCAAACUGCCCGGGUUAGGAAAUGGCAGGUCCUGCCCGGAAGGACACAUCCGCUUAUGACUAGCCGGGGUGGUGCGGAGGGUUACAUUUUCGUGGGAAUAAGGGUGAUACCUGCCGAAGGAAAGGUCGAGGCCAGAGGACGCCCGCCGCGAGGUAAGAAAAACAAGAACGAAACAGCUGCAUCCACACCGGCACCUGCGACCCCAACGCCAGCGGAGGACAUCCCACCAGAGUCUCCGCUCAAGAAACAGAAGACCGAGCCGCAGAAUGAUGCACUUGCGGCGCCGGAGACAGCCUUGGAGACAGUAAAACAGGAACCAGAGGACGUCGACAUGAAAACAGAGACAUAGUGCUGCCUGAAUCAUGUAUCGGCCUCGAGGUCAAAACCUAACCUGGUAUUCUU